AACUUCACACAAUUUUCUAGUUUUGAGCUGAAUAAUGAGAUGGAGUCAUAUUCACAUUUCAAAGAACAAAAUCUCAUAUCAUUUAAAAUCUCACCAUCGCAAGAAGCUGAGCCCUCCAACAUCAACAAUGAUAAUGUAGAAAAGCGAUACAUUGGAGUAAGAAAGAGGCCAUGGGGCAAAUUUGCAGCAGAAAUUAGGGAUUCCACACGGCAUGGAACGAGGGUUUGGCUCGGCACAUUCAACACUGCGGAAGAGGCUGCUUUAGCUUAUGACCAAGCUGCAUUCGCGACGCGAGGCGCCUUAGUUCCACUUAAUUUUCCCAUAGAGAGAGUGGUGGAAUCUCUUGAGAAGAUCAAGUUCAGCUGCGAGGAGGGCUCGUCGCCUGCGAAAGCCCUAAAAGAGUCGCACAAGACGACAAAGCAAAGAUGCAGUGGAAAGAAACAAGUUGGAGAAGCAGAGUAUAGAGUUGUGCUUCAUGAUUUGGGAUCUGAUUUGUUGGAUCAACUCUUGUCUCAGAGUUGUAAUACUAGUUUAUCGCCAUCAAAUGAAUACUGAUUUUCUUGUGAGUAAAUUUAUCUUUAUCUUUUAUUGCUGUGUAUUGAUUUGCAGUAUUCAGUUAUUUAAGCCCUAUCUUCUGUAAAAUGAAUAAAGGCAUAGUUGCAAUUUGAUCUUGGAGAUGUUUUUG